UGUUACUUUGAGGCUCACACUGUCCCAGAUUAGGCCAAUGGGAGCCUUUCACAGUGGCUCCUGCACAGGACACUUACGUUUGACCUUCUCAGCAUCUUUAGGAUGGCCGUCCUCAGAGGAAUGCUCCCUCAGACCUCUAUGGCACUAACCUGCCCAGGUGCCAGCAGAGAUGCUGCUGCUUUUAGUUCUGACAACCCACCCCUGCGGAGGCAUGCCAACACUUCUGUUCCUUUAAGGAAGUCACACUGGGGCUACGCUCAGGUAUUUCCCCAAAACGUGCCAAGGGACAGCCCAGUAACAGCCAAACCUCAAGACUGGACGUCCUAGGAAAUUUUCCUGUUCAAUCCUCAAACUGCUUCUGUCUCUCUCUCACUUGUUCAAGCCUCUUAGCCUGUCUGUAUCUUAGCCGGGAAGAGGCAGAGCCCGCAAACUGAAACCACUGAGGCUGCUUCCAGCGCACACAGCUCUCUAGGCACCAGCAGCUCCUGAUGGGCAAGGCAGCACGUUCCCAGUUACUCCACUAGCGCUCCAAGUCCCACAACUAAAAACCUACACUUUUCAACUUGUGACCUCAAAGGAGAAAGAAUAGAAUAAAAGGCGAGUUUUAGGGACUAAAAUCUUAAACACUGCCUCUAAAUUGGUUAAAAAUUUCUCUACACAGAUCCUUCUUUGUACCAAUUGCCUGUUUGGGGGAGUAAUAUCCCUUUAAGAGCUCUCUGGACAUAUACCUUUUCCCACGGUGACUGCAUUCUUGUCACACACUCAAAUUUCCCUCGUUUUUCAAUGUGCAGACUAAGUUCCAUCUUUAAUCAGUACCAUGUUCUGCCUUCACAGAAUUCCAGUUUUCAAGCCAUUUGCCCAGGGAACAUCAAACACUCAGCCGUACACAUAACUAUUUUUUGCAGUGUUUAAUAAUACACAGUUUACUAAAUACUGCCAGUCAUUAGCCAAUUAAAAAAUGCUGAGAUAGGUGUUUAAAUCAGCAUUUUACAGCCAGGAAAAUAAACACUCAUACAUUCAAACAUUUACGGAGUACCUAUUUCAUUCAUCCAAAAGCUAUUUACCAAAUAUUUUUGCAAGAAGCACCAAAUGUGCUGGGGAUGUAACAAUGAAAUGAACAGAGUCGCUGCGCUCAGGGACCGAAGAGCCACACAGUGCAGAGAGGAGGCGGCACAGGGCGCUCUGGGAACACAAAAGGAGCGCUUAACCGAGUCUUGGGAAGUCAGGAAGGCUGCCGACAAGUGACCUAUAAACCUAGACCUGAAGAACCAUGGGAGGUGACAAGGAAAAGUGUGCUUUAAAGGUUUUUUUAAAAGGGGGAGUGCAGAUACACAGGGGUCCAAGAGAAUAUGGAGAUAUGGAAAAUUUAGCAACUAUAAGCAGUUCAGGAAAGAUAAAUCCAGGGGUCUGAUUACAUAAAGAAGUUUCUCCUCUAUCCUGAGAGCACUAGGGAACCAUGACAGAUUCUUUAAGUCAAGUGACGUGAUCGGAAAUAUGUUUUAAAAAGACCAUCAUGGUUAGUUACUAUGUGGAGAAUAUAUAGAAAAAUCAAGGGCAAGAUGAGAGGCAGGAAAACUGGUUAAGAAGAUUACAAUCCAAAAUAUAGAUGAUGGCUAGAAGUGGCAAGUACUGGUGAUUAAUUUUAACUAGAUAGAAUGGAGGGGGUCCGUUUGGAAAAGGAAAGGAUGAUGCCUAGGAUACUAGCUUGGGCAGUACGGUGGGUGUGGUACCAUUUACUGCGAUAGGAGACAGCGAGUUGCUGCUUGCUUAGGCAAGAAGAUAAUGAAUUCCACUUUAGAUACGUGAGUUUGACAUCUAAGUAGAAAUGUCUAGCAGACAGUUGCAAAGCUCUGAGCCAGAUUUAUAGAUUCGGAAGUCAUGACAUGGUAACUGAAACUACCAGAGUGAAUAAGACUACGUACAACUUCAAGGGAUAUAUGUGUAUCUUCUGACAUUAAAUGCAGAAUAAAGUGGUUUUUCCAUAGUAGGAGUUUGGAGCUUUUAUCAAGCUCUCAAAGAUUAAGACCACCGAUACCAAUAGUAACAGAAGUCACGAGAGUGGUGAAUGACACCCCGCAGGAAGAAACCGUGGAGAAGGCAGAAGAUCUGAAUAACACCGACACGGAAGGAAUGGGAAAAGGAAGAGGAGUUUACAAAAGAGGACAGGAGAGGCCAUAUAAGCAGAUGGAGCGCUGAGAGUACGUGUCCGGCGGGCCGUUCAAGGGCGAGUGUCCAACAUGAGUGAGCGGUCGAUCAUGUGCAAACUACAGAAGGUACGGAGUGAGACAUCUGCUGGACGCGACUGGCGACCUUGGUUAGAACGUCUCAGAGCUGUGCUUAGGGCAGAGGUCCCCCAGCAGGUGGUAAUGACAGGUGAGCAAGCAGACCCAGGAGUGCUGACAACUUUUUCAGAAAGCAUGGCUGUGAAGGGGAAGAGAUACAGUAGGAGGAAGGGCAUACGGAAUUUAAGGGAGGGAUCUUUCACAAUGGAAACGGAUUUAGGAUGCAUUUUAAGUAGUCGAGAAUUUACCACCUGGAGUCAGACACUGCGAGGUUAAACCCAGGCCUGUCUACUCACUAACGACAGGCAAACCACUUAACAGCUCCACGUCUAUUUUGGCAACUGCACAACAAGAAAAAUAAACCCUGAGGACUGCUGUGCGGAAUUAAAAGAGAUGAUGCUCAUCAACUAUUUUUGAGCACUGAGUCCUCCUGGCGUCUGGGCAAACGGACCUCAGGAAAUGUUUAUUUACUAAGAAUGGGAAGAAACCAGCAGAGAAGUCGAAAAUACAGAGGGAAUGGAAAACGAUGUGUUCAUCGAGGGUCCUGAGACUCCAGGAGAAUAUAUCGUAUCUAGUCCAGAACAAGAGAAAACUGACCUCCGGCAGGGAAGUCAAUCUCCCACUUUCUCUGUCAAAGAGGACCAAAGAUAAUUUGCUGAAUGGGAAGCCGCGGAACGGGAAGUGUGAGGUGUGGACACGGUUUUAAGUGGCUGCCCUGAAGAAGGAGAAUGGCAGAAGAGGCUGCAGAGAAGAACACACGAGAGAGAGCUUGCAGAGACCCACUGAGUCCAGUGGAGACGCAAAAGCAUAACUGUCUCGGGCAAAGCUGGGCAAUUUUCUCCAACACUACUCUGGAGCCGACGGAAAAGUCCAGGAGGCUGACAACACGUUUGCGAGCAGACGCAAACAAGACGGCGAGAGCUCAAGCGAAAGACCUGUCUGCUUCACUGGACGCGAAGGGCAGUGCGAGAGCUGGGGGGACCGAGGAGCAGUCCCGGGCCACCUCGAGGAGCGCACGACCGAGACGACGGCCAGUCCGGCCUCCCCGCGGGCCUGGGACACCCCCCACCCCGCGCCCCGGCCCCGUCGCUGGGACACACUUACCAGCAGGCCCUCCACGUUGAUGGGGUCUCGGCAGCGGCGCCGCACCGUCUCCUCCGCCGGGUCCACGAGCAGGCUGGGCAGCUUCCGCGCCGGCCGCUGCUGACUCAUGCUGCCCAGCCGGCCGCCUCUCGCCUCGCACCCCGCGAGCUCUCCCGCCUUCUCCCGCUCGGGUCGGGCACCGCCCCCGACCCGCCGGGUCCCGGGGGCCAAGCACGAACUGGACUCCUGGCCUGCCCGGAGGCGCCGCCUGGCUAGGCCGGCCCUCGGACGGGCGCGCAGCUGCCCCACGACCCCGGGAGCUGGAACGCGGGCGGGAGGAGAGCAGGGUGACCCACGGCUCUCAGGACGCCAGGCCCGCCAUCUUCCCGCAUGCGCAGUGCGCCGCCCCCAGUGCGCAUGCCCGGCGCGGCCGGAGCGCUCCCAAACACAGACCCGCUCUCGAAGGCCGGAGCCCGAGAAGUCCCGGAGAGCGGAGUCCGCGGAAAGGAUGGCGAAGGAAAAGGAAGACAUGGAGCAGGAAUUCCAGACGAAGGGAACGGGGCGAGAGGAAAGAGGCAGCCGGGACAACACAGUGGUCGCCUCGGAAUUCUCGACACUAAAGGUGUCAGAAAUCGUGGUGCGCAGAGGAGAUAUUCGUUUGAAUUUGGCACAAUCUCAGAUUCCGGUGGAGGGGACAGAUAAGUAAAGGAACAUUUAAAGCUGGAGCCACUUUGCUGUACAGCAGUAAUUAACACAACAUCGUAAAUCAACUAAACUUAAGUUAAAGAAAAGAGAGUGUUUCAACAACAAAAGUUACAUGUGCCAAAAAUCCGCUAAGCAGGUAAUAAAAGGGGGAGUUUAAAUGCCGAAUAAAUAAAAUAAAAUAAAAUAAAAAAUAAAGCUGAAGCCAGAUGGUGUGUUUUCAGAUCCUGGCUCCCCCUACUUAGAAGUUUACAAGACCUGAAGCAAGCUGCUUAAUCGCUCUGUACCUCAGUUUCCUCAUCUGUUAAAUGGGACUAAUGGCUACUUACCUCAUAAGAUUGUUGUGAGGAUUAAAUGAAUUAAUGAAUGUAGCCUACUUAGAACUGGGAGUAGUGUGUGUUUGAUAUAAAAAGGUAAUACCAUGUGAUAAGUGCAGGGUGGAGGGCAGCUACUGAGCUGUAGACCAAGAGCUUCUACCCAGCAUAAGGUGGAAGGUGGGUUCCCACUAGACUAGAAAUUUCUUGAGGUCAGAGGCAUUCUUUAAUCUGUGAUCUCCAGCAUCUAGCACAGUUCCUGACAAAUAGUUAAGUGCCCCAUAAGUGUUUGCUAAACGAAUGACUUGAAAUAAAGGAUAAUCUAGGAGAAGUCUCUAAAAGAUUGGAUUAUGUUGCAGAAUGGAGAAUUUCCCAGAGUGGUUAAGUGACACCUUUACCAACCACAGUCCCCUGAGAAAGCAAGCUCUGGAGACCAGAAAUGGCUGGGUUUUUUUUUUUUAAAAAAGACAUAACCCAGCAUUUGAGGUCUGUUUAACAUUCUGCUAAAUGUUCUGUACACAUUUUCUUAUGUAAAUCUUAUAUCAAAACUGAAAGAUAGGUAUUUUUCUGCCCAAUCUACAGAUCAGGAAAAUAAAUAUUAGCAAGAUUUACAAAAAUUAUCCGAGGUCCUGGCUAGGCAGGGGCAGAGGCAGGAUUUGACCUCACAGCUGAUUGAUUUAGUAUUGUGGAUCGUUGGGAAGAUUCUUGAAGGGUGACUAGAUUUUCUAGAGCCAGAGGUGGGGUUGGGGGAGUGAAGGUGGGUGAGUCCGGGGGCAGGGGUGGUGUUGGCGGGCGCUGCAGGCUGCAGACCGAGCAUGAACACAGCUAUAGAGAGUCAGGCCCGUGACCCUGCCCUCCAGACACUUACAGUACCUGUGAUUUGGCUUUUUACCCUGAGACUUAAUCAUUCACGCAUUUUUUGAGUCUGUGCCUGGCAGGAGUACGUGCUGAGGAGAGAACUAAGUCUGAGGGGUCCUUACCUUGUGCUCCAGUGGCCCCCACGGAACCAGAAUGCGUCAGUACCCUUUUCAGGAAGGUGAUGAGGCACGAGGACAAACACUUGGCGGGAAAGGAGUGUCGUAGAGAUGGAAGGAUGCAGAAAGAGGAGAGGUGGCACGGAGGAAGGAACAGACAAACCUGGACUGGAGCGAGUCCUGCAUCCACCCUUGUUAGCCUCACUGGCAAGCAUCUUAACCCUUAGGAUCCUCAGUUUCUCUGUUUGUAAACUGAGGGUAAACAUACCUCCAAUUCUGCUGUAUUAGAGACAAUGGACGUCAAGUCCCUGGUGCAUUGAAUCCAUCUUCAGUGGUAACACAAACUUCCUAGCUUCACAGGGGCUGUUUCUAACCAAGUCUUAAAGCUCCCUACCCCAGUGACUAAAAAUGGUUCUAAAACGACAUCAAAUGGAACAAAGCCGGGCGGCUGACUCUUUGUUCUGAGGUUUUGUUCAGAGUUUGACAAGCUUUCCAGAGAGCUCCCAAGAAGAUGCUAGCCCACGAAAGUUGUCAUUGGUCCAGAUGCACGGAUUCAGUCUCUCCACUUAGCAACAGUAUUUGCCUCCUGCUUCAGAAAAGGAAACAAAAAAGUAAGCCUGCAGUUAAAUACACCCACAAGGGCAAAUCCCCAUGAAAGCCUGUCAAAAAAGAGCUGUGGGAAAGAUGAGCUAUUGCUGUACGCCUGGGUGAACUCCAAUGAGGAAGCCACAAAGGGGAGGGAGGAUGGGCACAGGGGCUUGUCAGUUGCAGCCCCCCAAAGGGUUUCAGCCUUUCCCUCCUCCUGAUUCCCACUGCCCCACGACUGCCCUCAUUGUCAUUGUUCCUGGACUAUUUUAACUGCUUCCUAAUUCAUUCGCCUGUCCUGCCAUUUCCAAGGGACUCUAUACUAUCACUGUCAAAUUAAACAACUGCCUUUUGGGGGGUGGCUGUUGACCUUUCAUUGCAGGAGAAAUCUUUCUAAAGCGUGGGUCUGAUCUCAUCACUCCUCUGCUUAAAAGCUGUCAGUGUACUUUGUCUGUAUUAUGCUCGAGGUUAGUGGUUUCCCCUGGGCACUGGUCACUUGCCUGCCUAGCUGUCUCCCGCAUCACACUCUUGGAGGGAGGGCAGGGGCUGGGUCCUGGGCACUCAGGGGCCCCCACCACCUUAUCAGAGCCAUUGGAUGCAUCACUUUCUCUCAGUCACAUUAAUCUUCAUUCAAUUCCUCAAAAGCUUUCCCCCCACUGCUGAGUCUUCUCACAUCUUGUUUUCUUUGCUAGAACGUUAACCCUUUGACGCCUCCCCUAGCAAGUGCCUCACCUUUAGUUUGCACAUUCUCCCCACCCCCCAGAAAGGCUUCUCUGAACCCCCAGAUGAGGCUAGCGCCCCAGCCUCCUUCCCACGUGUUGUCUGAUGAGCCCCACAACCUGGACUGAUGCCCCCAGUAACCUUUCACCAUCCAUAGACACAUUACAUUAUAAAUAAAUAGCAUUUGAAAAAAAACUAAACUCUUUACUAUGUUGACUUCAAGAUGUAAAUUCUAAAGCAAAACAUGACAACCGAAAUUAUAGAGGUAAUAGUUUGUCUUAAAUCUUUGAAGCAUACCUUAACGCUGGAUUUUGUUUUAUUUAACAUUAUCAGAUUAUUAAGUUUAGCAACUUUUAUUUUUCCUCCGACUGAAUUUUAUGAUGAAUGAUACUAACGUUCUUAGUAUUUCUUAAAUAUUGUAGGUUUACGUUAGUUUCAUUUUGGGAAAAGAAAAUCCAUUUUAUUAAUUGUGUUAUUGUGUUAUUAAUUGUGCUAUUAUAAAAUCCAUUUGUAUUAAUUGUGUGGAAAGAAGACUCACAAUCAGCAAACUUGAAACCUUUUGUUUUCUUUGUUAGGUAGUUACACAUCAUUUUUAUAAUGAAAAAGAUAAAUGAUAAUACCUUCCCCUAAAAGAAAAGAAAGUUGCCAAAUAUUGGAGGAUAACCACGUUGGUUUCAGACUUCUGAUACCAACAGUACAAAAAUAUCAUUAGACCUCUGAGAAAUUUUGGACAAUGAAAAUUAAACAAGAAAACUGUUAAUUUUUUGAAGAGGCUCAUUUAUAUGGCUCAAAAUUCAAAAGGUACCAGAGUAAACAGUGAAAAAUGUCCCUCCCACGCCUGUCUCUCAGCAGCGAAGUCUAAAGUCCUCUCUGAAGCUCACAUUGCACGGGUUUUAUAUGGAUUGUUGCAGAGAUAUUUUAUGCACAAAUAGUGCUCUAUGUUAUUUCCCCAAGCCUUGUUUGCACACGAAUAAUCAUACUAUUUCUCGAUUUUUUUUUA